CUGAAACAAAAUGUCAAACAGAUCAACGACCCUGAUUAACCACUCCAAUAUAUCUUGUCUUCGGACUUUCUCCCUUGUGAACUUCUUGUUGAUAUUAUUUCGUGCAUAUUUAAGGAAACAAAAAAUUCUUUGCUUUGUUCGUGCAUGUGUCCAGCAUUGUCUUUGUCACGCAAACAUUACACAAGUUGCUGUAUCGGUGUUCAACAUGGUCAAGAGGCUGCUCCAUUUGAUUCAAAUCGAUUUCGAUUCGUAUACGGUGCUCUUUAAUCGUGGCUCUCUCGAAGUGACGGAAAGUGAUCAAAACUACGUGGAUGGUCUUAAAGUUAUGGCGAUUAUUUCUUAAGGACAUUUUAUAUUGAAUAGAGUGGAGCUUCUCAUUUAUGUGGAAGUAAUUAUUGUCCUAUUUAAAGCAAUAGGAACAUUGGCGCCAAAUAGAAAAAUGUUAUCGUCGCAUGUAUGUCCACCAAAGUGACGAAUUAUGUAUUCGUUUGCCGAAGAUGCAGUUUCAUGCCCUCUUACAACUAAAAGUUCUUAGUUUAUUGUUGACGAAGAGAACUUUCCGCUGAUUGCAAAAAAAGGCCACAAGGAUCGCUUGCUAACUUUCCCAUAACGCCUACACAAGUUAUAUUGAAAACUAUGGGUCAACAAAGAUCAAGAGCUGUGCACGACGACACAAACCCGGAUGAAGAAUCCUCGAAUACCAAUAAUGGAGUGAAUUCUAUAGAAGCAUUCACGUAUGAGUCAGAGAAAUGGGAAGCGAAGAGGAAUAGUUCCGGCCGGUUCAAAGAAAAUAUUCCGCUUCUUGAUAUAGAUUUUUCAUCGAAGCGUUCUUCCCAGAGCUCCUCGAGUUCUGUCAUGUCUGACGAUAGCUUUCGAGAUGAUACAUACAAACACAUCUUGGACCCGCUGUACGAGAGGUCGGUGGAUUAUUUUAGCGAUAAAGCCAGACACGGUGAUGCUUUUGGUGCUUAUUAUGUUGGAUUGGCGCACGAAAACGGUUUUGGUUUAUGCGCUAAGGAUCGCAAAGACGCGAUAACGUGGUAUCAGAAGUCCGCUGACCGAGGUUUUGUGUUGGGUGAGCAUGCAGUCCUGCGUCUCUCUUGUGCGGAGGAUGGGGCGGACCGAAAGGAAAUACGGGUUGAGUCUCGUGCCAAUCUCCUAUUCCGUGCUGCACUUCAAGGUCAUAGGCAGGCUGUCACCCGUCUCAGGUUGCUAUGCAACAAAGACAAGGCAGCAUUAGGGUUUUUGAAGAACAAACGAACUCAGAUCGAACGCAAACUCGCUACGGAAAAUGACGAAAGUGCCAUAGCAGAUUUACUGUGUAAUCUCGCUUUUUUGACGUUAUUCCUGGAACCGGUAAAGAAUACCUACGAUAAAGUCGUUGAAAUGUUCACGCAUGCUGCUGACAUGUGUAACGACGACGCAUCUUAUUCCGUGGGUAGGCUCUAUUUGAACGGAGUGGGGAAAAUGCUUGUUCCAAAUGAAAAACGUGCCAUUAAGUAUCUUACGAUUGCCGCUGACCAUGGUCAUCUGAUGGCUCAAAUCGAACUUGGCAAGCGUUUUCUCAUGAAAUCGUCAGGGCUUGUAGGUAACGAGUCAUACGAAGCAAAAGCUUAUCGCUAUUUUAAGGAGGCUGCUGACCAAGGUAGUGCUGAAGGAUGGCUCAAUAUGGCCCAUCAGUAUUUGUACGCCGAGGUUAUCGAAGCUGAUAUAAAUAAGGCUGUCGAGUGUCUGGAACGCGCAGCAGUUACCGUCGACUACACGGAUAAUGGGCGGAGUAACAGUCGUGCUUUGUGCAUUUUGGGAAGAAUAUACCGCAACGGUUUGAAUGAGAUCGAAAUGGAUCUAGCCAAAGCUAUAGCCUAUUUCACCGAAUCAGCCAAUAGAAAAUUUCCCAAUGCAUGCUUGGAGUUGGGAAAAUUGUACGUACGUGGCAAAGGCGUGACGAAAGACGAAUCACGUGCUAGAGAACUUCUUGAGAGCGUGCACGUUUUCUCAGAAAGCCAGUAUCAAUUGGGUAAACUAUACGAAACCUCCGGAGAUACUGACACCGCUGGCCAGUAUUACAGGCGUGCAUUGAAAGGUUAUUCGCGUGACGUUGCAAAACAUCACGAUUACACCAUUGACUAUAUCGUAUAGCGAAGAUGCACGAAAGAGGCCGAGGUACCACGAUGGAUUUGACGAAGGCGAAAGCGUUUUACGAACGCACGUCGUCGUCUGCGAAGAAAACCUACAUUUUAUGGUGGAAAGGUUACGGUGAGAAGGCGAAAGUACGGUUGUCUACUCUCAAAGGAAAAGAUCGUCACUCAACUGGCACAUUAUGAGGAAUUGGUUUUCAACAAUCAGCAAAUGAAAAAGAAUAAAUGAAGAUUACGAACAUUCAGCAUAUAAUUUUGCUUUCAAUUGUAUGAUUUGUGUUAUGUAUAGCUAAUUUAAAUACAAAAAUUUUAACACAGAA